AUGAGUUCAACAGUAUCUUCGGCCCCUUUCUCAAAGGCCGUCGUUGGCGCAAUGCGUAAACUCUACCCCGAGGCGCUCGCCGACAAGGCUUGGGACAACACUGGUCUCCUUCUCGAGUCACCCUUUGAUCCCAUCCGUCGCCAAAUGAACUCGGCCCUCCUCACCAUUGACCUGACCAAGGCCGUUGCCGAUGAAGCAAUUGAACGCGGAGAUUCUGUCAUCGUAGCCUACCAUCCCAUCAUCUUCAGAGGUCUCAAAAGCUUGUCCCUAGCAGACACCCAACAACAAACUCUACUCCGUCUGGCCGCAGAAGGCAUCAGUGUAUACAGCCCACACACAGCAAUCGACUGCGCACCCGGCGGCCUAGGCGACUGGCUCGCCGACAUCGUCUCCGGCACCCCCAUGAGCGCAGAAGAACUCGCGGCCCAAGCAGAAGAAAAGCAAAAAGAGCAAGCCAAAGAGCCAGAAACACCUUCUCAGGGACUCAAACGCCCGACAGCCCAACUCCAACAUCAUCCCAGUCAACUCAGCAUCAAGGACCGUACACUCAAACUCGGAAAUGACACGCACACUCGUCGCCCCAUCACACCUUGCAAAGCCCCAGGAUACGAAAACACAACGGCGGGAAUGGGCCGUAUAGUCCGCUUCAACACCCCCCAACCCCUCCUCGAAAUCAUCGACCGCAUAGGCCGCGGCCUCGGAAACCCAAAGGGCUUCCCCAUCGCAAUCCCCCAAGGAAAAACAAUGGAAGAAAUCGACAUCUCCAGUGUAGCCAUCUGUGCCGGCUCUGGAGGCAGUUUAUUCAGCGGUCUCGGCAAGAAUGGAGAGGAAGAUGUAGAUUUGCUGUUUACGGGUGAAUUGAGCCAUCAUGAAGCAUUGGCCGCUAUUGAGCAAGGCAAAUGUGUAAUCGCACUGUUUCACUCGAAUACAGAGAGGGGCUUCUUACAUGGUGUGUUGAAGCCGCAGUUGGAGAACGCCGUCAAGGAGGAGUGGGAGCGUGUGAGGCAAGAGGAAAAGAAUAAGGCUGGCUUGAGUGAGGAUUACUUGGAGGCGUUGGAGGAUGAUCAUGUGGAAAUUCAUGUCAGUGAGGUUGAUCGUGAUCCAUAUGGUAUCAUGAUCUCCAAGGAUGAGAUUUGA